AUGGCUAUGGACACGAUGCCGCCGAGCUCAGAGGUUGUUCCUGCUGCAGGAAGGGUCUUGGCCAUGAUGGUUUCGCUGUUGUCAACGAGCGUGCUGACGUUGUUCCUGAUGGUCUUUGCGAUAUACACCGACUCUUACGUUUUUGUUUUCGCGUCGGCGAUGCUGCAGCAUUCUAUUGGUGUGAAUUCGAGUCUUAGGACGUGCGAUAGUGCUAUAUUGAUUUGUCUCGUUUGUUAUGUCACCACCAAGUUUAUAUACUUGUUUCUGGUGGAAAAGGCGCACAUUAUUCGCUGCACGCCAAAGAAGAGAGUUAGCUCGAGACUGUACAUGUUCAACUCUGUAGGCAUGCUUGGUGUGUAUUUAGUGGUGGUGAUUCUCAACUUUGUCUUUCGUAUCGCCAGGCUUCAAGAUGGGGAGUGUAUUAUUGGCAUGAAGAGCUUUGCCAUGAUCCCACUGAUUUCCUUUGACACGGUGGUCAAUGUCUACUUGACAAUCAUUUUCCUCAUUCCCCUGCGAAAGCUUUACUCAUACAAGAAUAUGCCGCGGACGCACGCAAAUAUGCGACUUCGAACUAUUGCUUUCAGGACGUUUUGCGGUGCAGUUUGCACCCUGCUCAGCAGUAUGAUCAACCUUUCUGUUUUAAUGUCACUUGAUGGAGAACCAGGAUGGGUAUGCUUGAUGAGUUGCAACUGUGACAUCCUCUUUUCCGCUGCCGUCAUCCAAUGGGUCACAUCCAAAGACAACGCAGGCACAUCAAGCGCCUCCUCGACCAGCGGCGGCGCAAACGCAAGAGAAGCCAAUGGACACGGCACCGGGACCGGAAACGGCCACGACUCAACCAGAGCACUAACACCAGGUGCCGCCCAAUCCUCAACAUCAACACCCCUUGACAUCUCGUUGGUGCCCACGGCCCGGUCCUCCACACAAAGCGAAAUAGACCGGUACGCUGACAGAACACCAUCCGGGGGCGUCAUCAUCACGACCACAAUCGAACGGGAGACCAAGCGCGGGGGCGUGGCUGAGUUUCAGGGUCGCGCGAUAGGAAUACCCAAGGGCCGUGAGUACCACGCGGCGGAGGAGGGCUGUGCAGACUUUGACGAUGAUAGACAAGAAGCAUAUGGCUCUAGAGUGAGCAUCACGGCGGGGCAGCUUCGUCCCAUAUCAUCCCAGGUGAUGGGGGGUCGUGUUGGUCUUGAGUAG